AUGGUAACAAAAUCUUCACAAAUAAAAUACAGAUUUGCAAGUUGUAAGAAUUUUUCUAUAAUAAGAUUUGAAGGAACAACUAUAACAUUAUGGGAGCUUAGAUACGAGGUAAUAAAUCAAAGAUCUAUGAAUGCUAAAGAUUUUGAACUUGAGUUUUAUGAUGCCGACACUGAGGAAAAGUUUGAAGAUGAAUAUGCUAAGAUAAGUAGAAACUCUAACAUUUUAAUUAAAAGAAUACCACUGUGGAUGGCAGGUACUAACUUCCAAGUAACAAGGAUGAUCCAAGGUUCAAAGAAUGCAUCUGUUCCACCAGAAUCAUAUAUUUGUUAUAGAUGUGGACUUAAAGGCCAUUUUAUACAAAACUGUCCAACAAAUAGUGAUAAAGCAUUUGAUCAGAUGAGAACAAAGAUACCAGCAGGUGUUCCUAAAGACUUCUUGCAAAAGGUAGGCGAAGAUCAUGUACAAGCUAAAGUUCAGACAAAAGAAUGGAUAAGAAGACAGAAUUGUAUGCAAGUUGGUAAUGUUCCAGAGGAAUUAAGAUGUUCAGAAUGUAAAGGUAUUCUUAAAGAACCUCAAAUAGCAACAUGUGGUCAUUAUUUCUGUAAAGGAUGUGUAGAAGAAAAAGAAAAGUGUGUAAAAUGUAAAAAAAUCAUUCAUACACUUAAAUUUAGUGAUAGAAAAGCUGCUGAAAUAGAAAGAUAUUUUAAGUCUAAAAGAGAUCAAAACGUAAAUUAA